AUGGCCUCAAUUACAGGAUCUUUCAUCUCCCUCUCUUGCUCACUCAUGCCUAACCAGGCAGUCAAUAGGGUCUCUAAAUUGGGCUCGGUGUCGCUCUCUAUCAGUGGAAAAAGUUUCCCUUCUCUACGCGUUCAGCCAGCUCGCUUCCGUGUGUCCUGCGCAGCCAAACCAGAGACAGUGGACAAAGUAUGUAAGAUUGUGAGGAAGCAGCUGGCUCUGCCUGAUGAAUUUGAAGUUGCUGGACAUUCAAAAUUUGCAUCUUUGGGUGCUGAUUCUCUUGACACUGUUGGGUGCUGUUAA